AAACGAUAUGAACAGUUAUACGUACACUUUUAUUUAUCUUAGAGUAUACCAAGCUUAACCUGACACAGACUUACACAUACACAUUAUUAUACACAUAUGCGUGUUUUUGCGCUGAAUUAUAUGGAUUAUACUAAAUCUGCUUUUGUUAUACGUAAGGCCACCAUCAAGCCGGAAUGACAUUGGACUUCAUAAUGGUGAUGCCCAGGCUUUGGUUUGCGUUCAUGCUGGUGUAUAUCGCGUCGCAUAGGAUCCUUGUCAGUGGCCAACCUUGGGUUCCAAAGUAUAUGGGAAAUAUCUACAGGGAGCUACCAUUUUGCCAGGAUAUAGGGGGUCAAAGUUCAUGUGCAGUUUAUGGUGGCACUUUCAACCUAACAUGUGAGAUCAAUGAUCUCUAUACCGGCAAAAGUAACGCAUCUCACAUAUUUUUUCAGUAUCAAUCGGGGAGUUUACCAAAGCAAACAUAUCCAGAAAAAUUCACAAGGGUUCUCUCAAACACAACAGCACAGCUAAUAGUUCCCGACAUGCCACAUUUUGACUUAAUCGACCCAGAGUAUGGACGUUGCCAUCAUUUUUGUAUGAUAAAAGAAGGUGAAAAAAUGACAGAGUUAGUAAAGAGUUUGACCGUUGUUGGACGUUUGCCACCUCAGCCACAUAGUAUCGAGUGUCAAUGGAUCAACUGGGCAAACCUUGAAUGUAACUGGCAGCCAUCUUCUUUUAAGAGUAAAGCGGUGUUCAUGGAUAUAAAAGCGUCAUUGAAAACAUGCCCGUCGUGUGACGUCAGUCAGGUGGUCAAUCUAAGGUACCCUUCUGAUGAUGACGUGGAUAGAUGUAUAUUCACCAUUAAUACGAGCGCUACAUAUUUUCACGUGGAAGUUAAUAUCAGUAACCCAUUCGACAAAGUGGGGAAAUCAGCAUAUAUUUCGGGAGACCUGCAUACACUGAGUAAUAGACUGUAACGGUUCAAACACAAUGGCCGUGUUUUUGCAUGUAACUUGUAUAAAUUCAUGAAUUGGCAAUUGAGGUUGAUAGAGUGCAUCUUGGGCAUCUUUUUUUUUAAAUCGGAGUAUAUUUUUCAAAACCCCUUUAUUCAGAUUGAGGUCAUUUUCAUAAUCUUAGGCAUCAUACAAUAUUACAGGGUGACACAUAUGCUAGGCAUUGUAUUGGGGCAUAAAAAUACAUUUUACCAUCUUAGAUUUAAUUACAAUAUGUAUUUCUUUUGGCCAAACUCUGCCUUGAUAUUUUUAAUAUAUGUUAAAGCCUUAUCCUAUCCAGUUUGAUGAAUGUAUAAACCGCAUGUGUAAAAAGCACGGUCUGUGUCAUCUUAAAAUUUCCUACAUUGUAUUAUAAGCCGCAAAAGUUUGAUCUCAGGAAAUAUGGAUCUAAACUAAAUUUAACUAGAAAAUAAAUAUCAACAAUGAAGUGAAA